AGCUAAUAAUACAUUGAAAAAGUUUAUGACACAAGAUCAAUCUUCUGCUUUAUGUAUUAUUUAUGUUGUCUAUUUGCCAUCUUUAAAAUUUUUUAGGCUGCUUCAACCUAUAAGUAACCUUUUAAGCAAAGUAGAGGGUGAAAUAUAUCAAUUUUAAGGAUGUGUGCACACUAAAUUUGAAAAAAGCAUUCGCAUUUUAAAUUGUACAGUAUAAUUGUCACAAAUUGUAAUACAUAAUAUAAUUUUGCGAUUUUUUGUUGAUCCAAAUUUCUUUAUGUAGAUUCCAAAAACAAGGUGAUAAUAUUUACUUGUUUUUUUAUGUAUUUUGUUUAAUUUUGAAUUUUUAAUUACGCAGUUGUAAAAAAUAAUGUUGAAUAAUAAAUGAGCCAAGCAUUUGGCCAACGUGGAAGAGGAUGGGGCAGAAGUUGGCGUGGAAAGCAAAACAAUUUUAAGAAAUAUGGUGGAUACAAUCGUGGAUAUAACAAGAAACCAUACAUUGCGUCACAGUCUUCUGCGACAAAAAGGAAAAACAAAUGUGUCUACCCCACACCUUACAGUACCUGGGCAGACUAUCUGAAAGAUGAUGCAUAUGAGCCUACAUCAGAUUUAGCAAAAACAGCAGACAUAUUGUAUCAAUACUUCAUUUUAAAUCUGGACCAAUUCAAUAGAGAAGAUAUUGAAGAAAAAGAAGAAGUAUAUAUUGAUUUCAAAACUUUAGUCAGCGAUCCAGACCUGCUGAAAGCUCUGCCAUCAUUGCCAAACAACAUAAUUGAUGAACCUGAAAAAAUGCUUGCACUAAUGGGAACUACUUUACAUCAGGCGUUUCUUAACGGUCAGUCUGAUGGGAAUUCCAAUCUUGUGUUUGAUGCCAGAUAUAUCAAUGUUCGACUUUUAAAUCAUGAACCCAUUACGGCUUUGAAAAACUUGAAAGCUAGUUAUUUUUGUAAGCUUGUGUCUAUCAGAGGAACAGUGGUCAGAGUGAGUAAUGUCAAACCAUUGGUAACAAGGUUGGCAUUUACAUGUAACAGCUGUGGAGAAGAACAGGUUAUGAGGUUGCAAGAAGGAAAAUAUGCUGUUCCAACUAAGUGUGUUAAUUCGGAAUGUCGAGGUCGAGUAUUCACACCACUACGAAGUUCACCACAAACGGAAACGAUAGACUGGCGGAAUAUAAAACUGCAAGAAAUUAUGUUAGAUGACCAAAGGGAAGCAGGCCGGAUACCAAGAACAGUUGAAUGUGAGUUGACAUGUGGUCUAGUGGAUAGCUGUGUACCAGGCGAUAUGGUGACUGUUACUGGUAUUGUGAAGGUGACAGCAGCUGACGAAAAUACUACUCGAAGUAAAGACAAAUCAUUGUACCUUUUAUUUAUUCAUGCUGUGUCUGUCAGUAACAACAAAGAAGUUCAUUCAAAAGAGGAAGGAAAAGAAAAUGGUUCCUUAGACUUUACCAUUAAGGAACUAUAUGCUAUUCAAGAAAUUCAAGCUUCUAAUCAUUUAUUUCGAUUGAUUGUUGGUUCAAUGUGUCCGACUAUAUAUGGUCACGAGCUUGUGAAAGCUGGCUUGAUGUUGGCUUUGUUCGGUGGCUCGCAGAAAUACAUCGAUGAAAAGAAUUGCAUUCCAGUACGUGGUGAUCCUCAUGUGCUAAUUGUCGGCGACCCUGGCUUGGGUAAAAGUCAGAUGCUCCAAGCAGUAGCCAACAUAGCACCGCGUGGUGUGUAUGUGUGUGGGAACACUACUACAGCGUCAGGAUUGACAGUCACUUUGUCAAAGGAAAGUGGAACUGGUGAUUAUGCAUUGGAGGCAGGUGCCCUAGUGCUUGGUGAUAGAGGUUGUUGCUGUAUUGAUGAAUUUGAUAAAAUGGGAAAUCAACACCAAGCUUUAUUGGAAGCUAUGGAGCAGCAAAGUAUAAGUAUAGCGAAAGCAGGUGUCGUGUGUAGCUUACCUGCAAGAACUUCUAUCCUGGCGGCAGCAAAUCCAGUUGGUGGGCAUUACAACCAAGCCAAGACUGUGUCUGAAAAUCUCAAGAUGAACAGUGCGCUGUUAUCCAGAUUCGAUCUUGUUUUUAUAUUGCUAGACAAACCAGAUGAAGAAAUGGACGGUAUAUUAUCAGAACAUGUCAUGGCUUUGCAUUCAAGCCGCAAAAGAUCUCGUGUCCAAUCAGUGACGGUGCAACGCAAUUUAACCAAUGAGAAUCAGUCUUUGGAACAAUGGGAAAACGACAAGCCCCUGUGUGAACGGUUAAGAAUUAAUCGAAAUGAAGAAUUCGAUGCAAUACCGUGCCAAUUGCUUCGUAAAUAUGUUCAAUACGCACGGAAAUAUGUCCACGUGAAGUUGACCACGGAAGCAGCCAGUAUUUUGCAGGAAUUUUACUUGGACCUUCGAAAACGUCACCAGGGACCAAACUGUACACCAAUCACAACAAGACAACUGGAAGCGUUGAUACGCUUAACUGAGGCCCGAGCCAGAUUGGAACUUCGUGAAAACGCAACUGCGCAAGAUGCGAAAGAUGUUAUAGAAAUCAUGAAGAGUAGUUUGGUAGAUACAUUCAGCGAUGAGAAUGGUUUUCUUGAUUUUUCAAGAUCACAAAAUGGGUCAGGAAUGAGUAAGCGCGCACAGUGUAAGAAGUUCAUCGCAGAAUUAAAUCGCAUUUCCGAGAGAGAAAAAAACUCGCUCUUCAACGUCGACCAAAUGUACCGCAUUUCAAAGCAACUGAAACUACAAACAGAUAAUUUCGAAGACUUUAUAUCAACGCUGAAUAAUCAAAACUUUUUAUUGAAGAAAGGACCAAGAUUAUACCAGCUUCAAACUGCCAGUUGUUUGUAGCUGUGCGGUUAUGAAUCAUCCAGAAGUGUGAAGAACUUUGUGAGAAUUGAGAAGAACUUUGAGAGUUGUGAAGAACUUUGUGAGAGUUAAGGAGAACUUUUUCAGAACUAAAAAGAACUUUGUGAGAAUUGAGAAAAACUUUGUGAGGAUUAAGAACUAGGUAAGAAUUAAGGAGAACGGUUUAUAUUGUACACAGAAUGCUUUUUGGAAGCAAACAAGAUAUUUUUUGAGUAUACGAUUGUAUAUGGCUGUAUAUGUUUUAAAUUGUAGUUUAUAUUUAUACAAGAGUAUUGUAUAUAUCAGUUUAACUUUGUUGUCAAAAGUAUUACGCAACGUUUACACUAUACUAUGGAUAUUUUUAAUUGCCACAACUUAUAAAUUACAAGAAUUAGUAAAAGUAAGUUAAUAUACAAGGUUUACCCCCUGUAGCCAACGACCCACAAGAACAGUCAAACUUGAUGACGUGCAGAGUGGUUGAACGCGUAUGCCGGGCUUAAAGGGAAAAUACUAAUGCUAUAAAGCAUCAAUACUCAAGCAGAAUUAUUUUCUUAGCGUAAAAUGAGUGGAGCUUUACCAUCAAU